AUGACGUACGAUAUCCAAGAAUACCUCCUCGACCGCGCAAACAUACAUGACACCAUAACCAAACUUUGCCUCGCCUACGACACAAACUCCCCGGCCCAACUGACAAGCGACGUUUACACCCCGCGCAUCCGGCUCGACUACGCCGCCUUCUUCGGCGCCGACGCGCCCGCCGCCGCUGAUGCUGCCGACUGGGUCCGCUCCGCGGUCGGCGCGCUGGACGGGAUGACGGCGACACAGCACCUUCUCGCGGGCAUCGUUGCGGAGCUGCCGCAGCCUUCGACUUCGUCCUCGUCGGAGAGGCCCGAGACGUGCAGGGCUACGGCGAAUGUCAUGGCCAGCUUGGUUAGAGAGGGCGCGCGGGGUGGUGCGUUGAUGCAGAACGGUGGAUACUACGAAUUCGAACUGAUGCGUGUAAGGGAGCUCGAGGAGCAGGGGAAGAACCCGUGGAGGAUCAGCUUCCACAAGGCCGUCCCGACGUAG